UCGUUCUUUUUUAUUUGAUUUCUUAUUCGUUUCGCUGGGGACGUCUUUCAUUUUGGUUUCCCACGGGCGCAUUCUCUCUGUUCUGCAAUAAAGUCCAGGACGAAUUGCCCUUUACUCAUUAUAGGUCUGUUCCAGAACCUGCAAGAAUCUACUAACUUUGAAAAGUUCGCGGAAGCCAGUUACAAAAAUGAAUAUUUUACCAAAAAAGAGAUGGCAUGUCAGGACGAAAGACAAUAUAGCGCGGGUGCGGCGAGAUGAGGCUGCUGCCCGCGAAGAAGAACGUAAAAAACAGGAAAAGUUAGAAUUUGCUGAAAGUGAAGCCCGUAUCAAUUUUUUACGAACAAAGUCAGGGCUCCCCGAAAGGCACCGCGAAGAAGUUCCAUCUACACAAGAAGUAGAAGCCUCAACAAGUGAACAACAUGUCAAUCUCUUUGCCGACUAUAAAGCCCACGUCAAAACCACCAAUAAAGACUUGGAACGUGAAAAGAAGGAAGAACAAGAAAAGUAUGAAAAGAAAAUUGGCUACCUUACGUAUCUGGGGCAGGACACAAAUGAGGCACUGCGCUUGAAGAGUUGGUAUGAAGUUGCACCCAAAAGACUUGAUGUGGGAGAGGAGAGGGAAACAGUUGAAAAAGAUUUGAAAACCAAACACAACCAGGAUCCUUUGACAUUUAUUAAAGCCGUUUUGCCCCCGGAACCCAAGACGGAAAUAAAUACAGCAAAUAAACGCACAAGAAGCCCCACACCAGUACAUAUUCCAGCAGCGCACAAAGAGGAGGAACGUGAUUCCAAACGACAUAAGAAACAUAAAAAAGAACGUAAAAAGCAUAAAAAGGAAAAACACAAGAAACAUGACAGAAAUCACAAACAUAAAAGAAAGAAGUCCAAAGAAAGUCCGGAGGAAGAAGCCAUUCAGAAACGUCUAAAAUUGGAGCAAUUAAGAAAAGAACGAUUGCGUAGGGAAAUGAUUGAAAAGGCUCGACAAGAUGCCUUACUUGCACCCAAGGAAGCGAAGGCAACAACAGAACCACCAACCACGCCACGUGUGGUACAGAAAUACAACAGUCAAUUUAAUCCCGAAUUGGCAAAACAAAAUAUGAACUAAACAAACACGAAUUGUUUUAUUUUCCUAAAACAACGCUUUAUUGUAUAAAGUUAUUUUUAAUUGUAUAAAAUAAAAGUAUGUAUCACAUAUUUAUAUUUAUGUAAA